UUAUUCUAAAUCAAUUUGCUUACAGUGCCUAAUUCUUACUAAAACAAAUACACAAUGUAUUUAUAAAUAGUGCUGAUAUGUAUUUACCUCUUUAAAUUUACAAUACAACAGAAUGGGAGUCAAGCAUAAAUUUACCACACCUUCAACUUGUGCUGCUUCAAAAAGAUUUUAUCAUUGAAUUCACAUUCUUAAAUGAUAAAAACCUCAAUGGCUUCCUCAACAACAGUAAGAAGAGCACCUGCUCCCAAACCUUGUGGGAUUUGUGAAAAGACAGCUAAUAUUAACUGGAAAUGUGACCAGUGUAACUGGUACUUGUGCGAUCAAUGUAAAAAGGUACAUGUAAUGGUCGAUACUGUAACAGAACAUACUAUUAUUGUUAUUCGAACAACUGGUGCCCUCAAGGACGUAGAAGUUGGUCAAGAAACAGGGACCAGUUUCGCAGCAGAUAAUAUUCCAUGUUCGAAACACAAGAACAUGAACUCAAUGUUCUGCCAGACUUGUGAACAGUUAGUUUGCCCUGAAUGCAUUGCAAACUUUCACGAGGAACAUGCUUUGGAUCCAAUCAAUAAAAUAUGUGAGGAGAAGCUCAACACACUGAAAGACCAUGGAGUUAGAGUGUCACAGGAUCUAUUCAACUGUCAAACAAAAAUAAAAGAACUUGAAACAGCAGAAAAUGAGCAAAACUUAAAGUACAAGGAUAUAGUAGAGCAAAUUGAUGAAAAAGCUUCAGAGCUAAAAGAAGCCAUUAGCAAGUAUGCAAGGGAUCUUCAAGAAAAAGUUGAAUCAGCAAGAAAAACAAGAGAAAAAGUUUUUCAAAUGAAAAAGAAGCAAAUGGAAGAAGCUAUAAGCGCUCUUCAAGAUGAAGAAACUAAGCUAAAGAAGGCAAUCCAUUCAAAUCAUGCUGGAACAAUCUUCACAGCUACUUCUGAGCUCACAGAAAGUGUACCAAACUACUCAUUUGAUGCACAAUCUUCAGAUAUCAUUGAUUUCACUCAAGGUGAGACAACUUUGAAGAAAAUAAUUGACUUGUUUGGCUUACUGAGACAUAAAGAAGAAUCGAUUAUUGAUUUCAAAGUUUUGAAGAGCUACACAACAGACUUCUCCUUUGUGGAUACAGUUUUAACAACUGAUGACAAAACUGCAUUGAUCUCCAAUCCUACCGUGAAAAUUGUACGACAAAUUACAUCAAGCGAAAAACUCAAAACCCUAAAAGAGAUCUCUGUUAAGAUCUUCGAUAUGGCUUCAACAUCUAACAAUGAAAUUCUGAUGUCAAUGUUUGGAAGUCCUGAUGUAAAAUUACUGAAACCAACAGGCCAAUUCCAACAAUUUAUGUCAGUAUCACCCCUGUUUCCAUUGGCACUUCACGUUACAAAGUCAAAUGAAGUUUUAAUAGGUGUGAAAGACGAAGGAGAGAAUUUCAGCCCGACACACAUCAGCAUUCGAAAAAUUCUUACUUUCAGUAUGGAUGGGAAACAAAGAAGAUCAUAUGAAUAUGUCGGACAAAAGCAAAGGCUUUUCACACUUCCAUACAGCAUAAGGACUUACCAUAAUGGUAAUAUUCUAACUAUUGAUAGGAAAAGCAAGAUAGGUGGCCGAGUCGUUACCAUAGGCAAGGAUGGGAAAUUAAAAUGGAUCUAUAAUGGAAACAUUUCAAUCAAUACAAGGGACACUCCAUUUAACCCACAUGACAUUGUAAUAACCACCAUGGGGUACAUCAUAGUGGCUGACAACAACACCAAUGCUUUCCAUGUACUGUCUGGCAAUGGGGAGCUACUAACCUGUAAAGUGAUGAAAGAUCAGGGAAUAUCAAUUCCAAAUGCACUGGACAUUGACAACACUGGACAAUUAUGGGUUGGAUGUUGUGCAGACAAAGGAAAAACAAAUGCAAAAUUGCACAUUGUCAAAAUCUUAUAGAAUUUAGGCAUUUUUUGUAAAUUGAUUUUUUAGAGGUUUUUUUUUCAUAUCACUAGUUUGCAUAUUACCUCUUCUGUAACUUAAUUGAAAUAAAACUUCUUUCCAUUAAACUUUUAAAAUUUA